UCCGCUCCUGUCGCGCGCAGAAAAGGGAACUGGGCGUAGGGCGGGAGGAAGUGAUUUCCCUCUCUGCGCCGCCGCCAACCGCAGGAAACGCGCAGCCCCUCCGUAUCGCCCAUCACUUCGCUUCGUUCCUGCCGGGUCGGGCCAUGGCGGGGCCGUGGCUGUGGCUGCUGGCACUGCUGGGCGGUGCGCUGGUCCCGGGCGGCGCCUUCAACCUGGACGUGGAGCGCCCGGCCGUGUACUCGGGUCCGCAGGGUAGUUACUUCGGCUUCGCCGUGGACUUCUUCGCUCCAGACUCGUCCUCGGUAUUUCUUCUGGUGGGAGCUCCAAAAGCAAACACUACCCAGCACAACAUUGUAGAAGGAGGCCAGGUGCUCAAAUGUAACUGGAAUUCCAACAGAAACUGCCAGCCGAUUGUAUUUGACUCCACAGGCGACAGAGAUUUUGCUCCUGAUGAUCCACUAGAAUUUAAGUCUCAUCAGUGGUUUGGAGCCUCUGUGAGAUCCAAAACUGAUAAAAUUCUGGCCUGUGCUCCACUGUACCACUGGAGAACUGAAACAAAGCAAGAGAGAGAGCCUGUAGGAACUUGUUACCUGCUUGCUGGAUCUAAAUCUGUGGAAUAUGCACCCUGCAGGUCAACCACUAUUGAUGCUGAUGGACAAGGAUUUUGUCAAGGUGGAUUUAGUAUUGACUUUACAAAGGGAGACAGAGUGCUGCUUGGAGGACCUGGAAGUUUUUACUGGCAAGGACAACUUAUUUCUGAUCGAGUAACAGAGAUUGUAGCUAAAUAUGACUCCAAAGUCUACAGUGCAAAGUAUGAUGACCAGUUAGCAACCAGACCUGCCAGUGCUGCUUUUGAUGACAGCUACUUGGGUUAUUCGGUGACUGUUGGAGACUUCAAUAGUGAUGGCAUAGAAGACUUUGUAUCAGGAGUCCCAAGAGCAGCAAGAACUCUAGGCAUGGUGUCUAUUUAUAAUGGGAAAAACAUGUCUUCCAUGUACAACUUCACUGGAGAGCAGAUGGCUGCUUAUUUUGGGUAUUCAGUUGCUGCCACAGAUAUCAAUAGGGACAAUUACACAGAUUUGUUUAUUGGAGCCCCUCUUUUUAUGGAUCGAAGUUCUGAUGGGAAACUUCAGGAGGUUGGCCAAGUUUCCAUUUGCCUUCAACGAGCCUCUGGAGGGUUUCACAUCACAAAGCUGAAUGGUUUUGAGAUAUUUGCAAGAUUCAGCAGUUCUAUUGCACCUCUGGGGGAUCUAGAUCAGGAUGGCUUCAAUGAUAUCGCAGUUGCUGCACCAUAUGGUGGAGAGGGCAAGAGAGGACUUGUCUAUAUCUACAAUGGAAGAGCAAAUGGUUUGAAUGCAGUCCCAUCUCAAAUUCUUGAAGGGCAGUGGGCUGCUCACACUAUGCCACCCAGUUUUGGGUACUCGCUGAAAGGAGCUACAGAUGUGGACAAAAAUGGAUACCCAGAUUUGAUUGUUGGAGCCUUUGGUGUUGACACAGCUGUUUUGUAUAGGGCUAGACCAGUUAUUAGAGUAAAUGCUGCCCUGGAAGUUAAUCCAACCAUUCUAAACCCAGAGAACAAAGCCUGUUCACUGUCAGAUGUGAAGGUUUCUUGCUUCAAAGUAAAGUUCUGCUUAAAAGCGGAUGGCAAAGGAAAGCUCCCUAAUUCACUCAAUUUCCAAGUGGAGCUGCUGUUGGAUAAACUUAAGCAGAAAGGAGCUAUAAGGAGAGCUCUGUUUCUCCACAGUAAACAGCCUAGCCACACUAAGAACAUGACUGUUACCAAGGGGGGGAAAAUGAAUUGUGAAGAGCUUGAUGCCUUUUUGAGGGAUGAAUCUGAAUUUAGAGACAAACUAACUCCCAUUACUAUCUUUAUGGAAUAUCGUCUGGAUUACAGAACAGCAGCAGAUGCAACAGGAUUGCAGCCUAUCCUCAACCAGUUCACUCCCGCUAAUAUGAGCAGACAGGCACAUAUUCUGCUGGAUUGUGGUGAUGAUAAUGUCUGCAAACCAAAGCUGAAGGUUUCAGUAGAAAGUGAUCAGAAGCAGAUCUAUAUUGGUGAUGACAAUCCCUUGACAUUAAUUGUCAGUGCUCAGAAUCUAGGAGAAGGAGCCUAUGAAGCAGAGCUCUUUGUCACUGUUCCACCCCAAGCAGAUUUCGUAGGUGUUGUUCGUAACAACGAGGCUUUAGCAAGACUGUCUUGUGCAUUUAAAACAGAGAAUCAAACUCGCAUGGUAGUUUGUGACCUGGGAAAUCCCAUGAAAGCAGGAAUUAAGCUAUUAGCUGGCCUGCGUUUCAGUGUGCACCAGCAGUCUGAAAUGGAUACCUCUGUGAAGUUUGACUUGCAAAUUCGAAGUUCCAACCUGUAUGAUAAUCUAAGUCCAGUAGCAUUCUAUCAGGCUGACCUUGCUAUUUUAGCAGCUGUUGAAAUUAGAGGUGUAUCGUCUCCUGAUCACAUAUUCCUUCCUGUUGCAAAUUGGCAGCUGAAAGAGAACCCAGAAACAGAAGAUGAUAUUGGGCCUCUAGUGCAGCAUAUCUAUGAGCUAAGAAACAAUGGUCCAAGUGCAUUCAGCAAGGUGAUGAUGACUCUGCAGUGGCCUUACAAAUACAAAAACUACACACUGUUGUAUAUUGUUCAAUAUGAAAUUGAUGGUCCCAUGAACUGCACUUCUGAUAUGGAAAUCAAUCCAUUAAAAAUUAAGAUUUCUCCUCCUAAAGAUGAUGAUAAGAAUGACACACUUAGCAGGGAAGAUAAUCGCCAUCACCGUAUCAGUCAAAGGGAUAUAGCGGCCAUUGAAGGAGACGUGCAUACUUUGGGUUGUGGAACUGCUGAUUGUUUAAAGAUAGUCUGUCAAGUAGGUCACCUGGAAAGGGGAAAGAGUGCAAUAUUGUAUUUAAAAUCACGCCUUUGGACCCAAACUUUCAUGAAUAAAGAAAAUCACAAUCACUCCUAUUCUCUCAAAUCUUCUGCUUCCUUCAAUGUUAUAGAAUUUCCUUAUAAGAACCUUUCUUUUGAAGAUAUCCACAAUUCUACAGUAGUUACUACAAACAUUACAUGGGGCAUUCAACCACAGCCUAUGCCUGUGCCAGUGUGGGUUAUAAUUUUGGCUGUCCUAGCAGGAUUAUUGCUCUUGGCUGUUCUAGUAUUUGUAAUGUACAGGAUGGGCUUUUUCAAACGUGUGAGACCACCUCAGGAAGAACAAGAAAGAGAACAACUUCAACCACAUGAGAAUGGGGAAGGAACAUCAGAAGCUUAAGCAGAGUUUUAUCUGUAAGACAUUCUGAAUUUUUUAAAUGCUUACAUAUUGGUUAUGGACAUUGCUUUUCCCCCCUAAGGAAAAAACACUCAUGACUGCAAAGUUGCUGGUCUUGGAAUGUAUCAGCAUGUAAAAAAUAGGAGCAAUAUAAUUAAAUCCUCCUUUUUGUAUUACUUAAGUUCAUACAUGUGACUAAUGCAUCUGCACUGAUUUUUGUGUGAAAAAAAAAUAAUAUGUAGUGCUAUAAUUUUGCUUAUUGGGACGUAGGAGACAUCAUCUUUUUUGAUUCACUGACCAACUUUACACGAAUUGCUACACAGAUUCUGUGUUUGCUCUUGAAGCCAACAGUUCCCAUAGAUACUUCCUGGAUUACACACAUUUUGAUUGAUUUUUGUUGGCGUAUACUACAUUUCCUAGCUCUUGAAAGGUAGUUGCAAAAAAAAAUGAAAAUAGCUUGUUUUACAAAACUGAAGAAUAUUCUUUGACCAUUAACUCUGCUUAUGUUUUUCCUCCUGCUCAAAAAAAAUAUUCAGUGCUUAUUCCAUUGAGCUUAUUCAGUGGAAUCAUUCACAUCUGCAUGCCUGUUUCCCUUCUGGCUCAGUCUUGUGGUUUCCCUCUAGACUUUACAAAUAGUGUUCUCCAGGUCCUAGAUCUCUUACUGGAGGGACUGAGCUUACAGAAACAGAAGUGAGCCAUAGAAAGCUGGGGAUGAUGUACUUUCUAUGGGAUCUAGUGAAAAGAUUCAGGGUAAGAUACAAAGACUGCUGUGCAUUUCCACAGAGAAGGUUACAAGUGUUCCACUGAAUUAUUGGUAGCAUGGAUUAAUUCAGAUACUGCCAGGGACAAGAUGUUGGACUGUGGCUGCCAACAGAUGUGUCUAAUGAGAAAACUCAUAGCCUUUAUAUUCAAGGCUAAACCUCCACAGGGUUGAAAGCUAAGUUUGUAUAUUACUCAGGUUUGAAUUUCAGUUUCUCCAAAACAAUGGAAGGAAUACUUUGUGACAGGUUACCUGACGCACUGUAAGAAACUUGUUAUUAAUUUUCACAGCCUGUGGUUGACCAUGUCCAAGUGCAGGAUGGAAUAAUACAGGGACUGUUUAAAUUAGAGUAUCUGCCAGCCAAACAUAACUAGAUUACAUCAGUACUUCCGUUACUGUCAGGCCUGCCUUGCCACCUGCCUGGAGAGACCAGUCAGCUUGUCAAAUGAAGUUUGUAUGUAGCUGGCAAUGCAAGAGGGUUUGUUUGAAAAGAGACUGUUGAUUU